GGCCCAUAAUAUAAAGGAGAACCCUUUCACUAGUCCAAAUGUUAGUAGAGUGAUAACACAAGUUUGUUCACUGUGUUUACCACUUGUGAUUUUGGGAUUACCAUGAAAUUGUUACCUGAUUCCACCUUUCCCCUCAUCGUCUUGAUGACUUGCGUUGAGCUCUUCACCUUCAUCACAGCCCGUCCUGCUAAUAUAACUCAAGGAAAAAAGGAACUGAAGAGGCUAUAUACAGAAAUGCGUACGCUGCUGGAAAUAGUAUCUAAAGAAAGGCAUGGGAAUGAGAUGCAAGAAUUUGAGCAAUCACUCACAUCCCUGCCUUCACUGAACUACAAAACAGCAGACCUGAAAACAGUCGAGGUGAGCAGUACAUUAGGACAGCUGUACUCUGGUCUUAAAUCCUUCAAGUUCCAUCUUGACUGGAUCCAGCAAAAACAAGAAGAAAUGGGGAGCGAUUAUUCGAAGACAAAGAAACUCGCUCGUCGUAUUGAAGACAUGAGCCACACGGUGUUCAACCAGAUUGGGACGACCCCCUCUGAGCUGGUCCACCCUUCCCUGUCGCCUUUGAACACAGCUUGGGAAGCAUACCAGGCCAAUGUGGAGAUUCUUGACAAACUGUACUACUUUUGCAUCUGGUACGUUAGAGCACUGGGAGACCUGAAACACAAGCAGCUCUCAGCUCAACUCCAUGACGCCUGACUUGCCUUAAUGUUUGAUAGGAUGUCAUCCCCAUUUUGAGAGUGUUCUGCAGUUAACAUUUCCUAUGUUGUUUUUAUUUCAUUAAGUUAUUAUUUAUAAGUUUUGUAUUUAAUAUUUAUUGAACCAUUUUUUGUUUACAAUGAAGGAUUUUUUUAUAGAGAGAGAGAGAGAGAGAGCGUGAAUGAGAAAAUAGCACUUUAUAAAAAUAUUAAAUAUAUUAUUUAAAUAAGUGAAUUUGUAUGCAAAACUCAGCUGCAGGCAGUUGCUAACAAUGACCGAUAGAUGUCACUUAGAAACCUUUUACUGUGGUUAAUGUGAUCUAUAAUUAAAUGCAGUCCAGGACGGGCACUCUUGUUUAUUUAUCUAUUUUUUUAGUUAGUAAUAUCGCCUACAAGUCCUGAAUCAACAUCCUUUUUGAACAACAUUACUGAAUAAUUCAAAUUUUAAGGUUAGACUUUAGGUACGGUUGGCAUUUAAACUAUUCGGUUGUUAAAGCUACUCUAUGAAUGUUCUUUUAAUCUUGACAUAUCAGUUUCAUAAUCAUUCUGACGGUACGCUUACUUAUUAUAAGACUAACGUUAACGGCUUCUGUGUCUCUCUCACGCGCUCCACUGUUCUGCGCGUGUAUGUUAUUGAAAAUGUGCACGGAAUUCUGGAUUGCUUUGCGGCAGAAAACAAACGCACUGCUGUCCGCUGUAAUUACGACAGUAAUUUAGACCAACGAUUUCCACUCAUUUAACUGGAGGUGGCUAAGAUACCAAAACUAGCUACAUUCAGUUGUUUAAUGGUUAGUGUUAAGCCUAAACUUUUUUUUUACAGGCAUUUUUAUUAUGUUUAUCCGUGCUAUGAUAAAUGGAUGAUAAAAUUGGGUAUUUAAAGCAAAACAAAUGACAAAAAGUUUCAUUAGGGCUAAAUACACGUUAUUGCUGCUGCACCAUGGGUUUUUGCAAGCAUAUUAUAAAUACAGUAGCUUGAAAUGCACUCACUGCCUCAAGAUUGUACUUAUUCCCAGUGAUUAUGUGUUUAAUCUAAAUUAAAGGGUGCCACCAUAUCGCAGAAAUGCACUGGGGG